AAAUGGUGAACUUCAUCUCUGAUCAUCAACAAUGAAUUCAAUCCGUCUCCCACGUCCAAUUUCUUCUCUUUCAAUUACCAGAUUACUCAAAACUCACACUCAAAUCCAACCAAACACCGCCACCACUUCACUUUCCAUCGCCAUUUGCGAUUCACUUAGAGCAGCUUCAAACUGGGAAACUCUCUCUGCAAAAUUCUCUUCCAUCCAUCUAACCGAUUCACUUAUCAAUACAAUACUCCUGCAACUAAAAGAACCCACCGAUGCCAAACGAGCUCUGGGCUUCUUCCACUGGUCGGCAAAAACCAAAAACCACCCCCAUGGAAUCCGCUCUUACUGUAUCGCCAUUCACAUCCUGGUUCGAGCUCGCCUCCUCAUCGAUGCAAGAGCGUUACUCGAGUCCUUGCUGAAGAACACUGUAAUAGUUCAUGGCUCGAGAGAAAAAUUUUCGGUUGUGGAUUCUUUGUUGGAUACUUAUCAGGUUACUAAUUCCAUUCCUCUUGUGUUAGAUUUACUGGUUCAAGGUUACGCCAAGCUGAGAAUGAUUGAGAUUGGGUUCGACGUUUGUCGGCGUUUGGAUGAACAUGGAUUUACAUUAAGCGUCAUAAGCUUCAACUCCUUGCUUCACGUUGUUCAGAAAUCUGACAGGAACGAUCUGGUUUGGAGAAUCUACGAGCAUAUAAUCGAGAGAAGAAUUUACCCAAAUGAAAUAACAAUUAGAAUCAUGGUUAGCGCACUGUGCAAGGAAGGGAAAUUGAAAAUUUUCAUUGACAUGUCGGACCGAAUCCAUGGAAAGAGGUGUGCUCCUCCCGUCAUCGUUAAUACCAGUUUGAUUUUUACGGCUAUAGAAGAAGGAAGGAUUGAAGAAGCAAUGGUGUUGACGAAGAGGUUACUGCAAAAAAAUAUGAUUCUUGACACCAUUGGGUUUUCUCUAUUUGUCUACGCUAAAACCAAACUCGGAGACUCAGAAUCGGCAUGGCAAGUGUUUGAAGAAAUGCUUAAGAGAGGUUUCAACCCUAAUUCCUUCCUGCACACAUCGUUUAUCGGAGCGUAUUGCAGGGAAGGAAAGAUUGAAGAAGCAAAUAGAUUGUUGGAAGAGAUGGAAAUCAUGGGUUUAAAACCUUACGCUGAGACCUUCAAUCAUCUCAUCCAUGGCUGCGCAAGAGCAGGGAGAGUAGAAGAAAGCUUGAACCUUUGUGAGAAAAUGGUAAAGCAGGGAACUUUACCUUCUUGUUCAGCUUUCAACGAGAUGUUAGAGAAGGUCAAUGCCAUUGAAGAUUUGAAGCGAGCUAAUGGGUUGCUGACAAUUUUGCUGGAGAAAGGAUUUAUCCCUGAUGAAAUCACAUAUUCUCAUCUUAUCAUUGGGCAUGUUAAAGGAGGUGAGGUUGAAGAAGCUUUUAAGCUGUACUAUGAAAUGGAGUACAGAGCUCUAGGAAUUCCAUUACAGGUGUUUGAAUCUUUGAUUGGUGGCCUCUGCAGAUGUGGGAAACCAGAGGAAGGAGAAAGGUAUUUGAGAAUUAUGAAAGAUAGAUUCAUGGUGCCGAGUGUUGAUGUUUAUCAUGCAUUGGUUGGUAGCUAUUGCAGAAAAGGUGACAAGAAGAAGGCUGUUGGAGUUUACAGGGAGAUGAUGUCAGAAGGGUUGAACCCUAGUGGGUUAUACGAUUUGGAGGAUUCUGAAACAGUGAACAUGAAAGCUUUGUCUGCGCAGAAAAAAAUAGAGUAUAGGAUUUAAUUUAGUACAUAAUUUAUUUAUUAUUUUUUAUUUAUAAAUUUAUA